AUGAAUCCAUACACCCGAAGUAGUGUUACGCUUCUUAUGAUUGUCAUCAACCUUUAUUGGAUUGCAGGACUUUUUAUCAUCUUCCUUAGAGCCAAAGAGCCGCAUUUUCGGCAGCUAACGCAGUACGGUGGUCGUUUAGCACCUGGGACUUCCUACUUCAGCAGCGGCGAAAAGUUAGAGAAAAUAUCCCGUAGAAUGACGGCUGACGCUCUUGACCACGGCAAGGCGCGUUAUGGCUUGCUUACGAUCCGGGUUGCAGUUAGCAAGGCGUUGAACAGAAGCAUGUGGCAUGUUACUUCGAUGAUAAGGUUUGUGGAAGGCUCAUUUUUCGGGCGUGUCCGGGUAUGUCGUCGGGAUAGCUUCUGUCUCUUUUAUCUUAGUGGUAUUCUUACCUGUGCUGGGCUAUGGGUCGAGGCAUUGAUGCACUUCACUUUAUUUUCGCCAACAAAAUCGCAUCUGGGUGCGCCGUUACGCGUUGAGGCCUGCCUGCCUCUCCUGGCGUUCUCCGUUCACGUUGUAGUUCGCUUAGCAGAGUGUUUAAUGUUGCAGGAAUUUCGAGACCAAAAGGACGAUCGCGUGUCGCUCUUUGCAACCCUUGCUGGGUGCUCUUUUUACGUUUUCGCUCCGUUUUCCAGUAAUGGUAGGUUGAUUUAUUCUAUAUCUCUGUGGGCUUAUGGGGUUCUGCAUGAUAGGAUGCUCGAGGACGUCCAAAUCAAUACCACCUUUGAUUACACUGUAGUCAAUCCUUUUGAAUCCUAUAUCUCUAGUCGAGCGGCUCGAUUACUGAUGUGGUCUCUUUUCGCAAUACACAUCCUAGUGCAGCUGCUGCAGGUAGUUCAUCACCGCAUUCUGGCUAAGCUGCGCCUCUCAUCUCCUAGCUUUACAGAGGGGGACCUUCCACCGAUAAUUUUUAGCGUAGCAAGCCAAUUUCAGUCGAUUGAUUCAGCUUCCGUUGCUUGUCAUCGCCAGAGUGGAUUCUACGAAAAUGAGGGCGAAAUUGAAGGUAAACUUCAAACGACCGCUCAAGGCUGUGGUGGUUGCAAAGGGCAUAACUUCAAUGUUGCAGCAUCCGGAGUUUCUAGAGGCAUAGAUUCGUUGACUAAACGCAUGGUUUUAGAUCGUCGUGUUUGGACCUAUCGGUUUCCCCAAAGACUACUAUUUCUCUACGUACAGGAGCCACAUUACAGCUGUGAGGUGGUGAUGUAUGGAAUUAAUUUGAUAUCAAUGCUGGUAUUGUUCAUUUCGCUAUUCCCUCGCUCCGCAUCUUUAUAUUCCUCUGGGAGGCUUGCAUAUAUUUCAACCAUCCUACUACGUGAGCCAUUCAGCCUAUUCUUUUUGGCAGAGCAUAUAGCCUGGAUGCAACUGUCCGCUGCAUUUUGGGUGGGACUGUUUACGCUGUGCAAUCUUGCAAUUACUUCAAGCGAGCAUCAAAUGUUUUGGUGGUACCUCAAUUCGACUAGGAAAAAUAUACGGUGUGCUAUAAACCAGCUUCCUGACGCUAAGCUACAAGUUUUCAGGCAGGAUGGAGGAGGCCGUGCUAAAGCAUGCAAGACGGUUGAUGAACUUACCCGUCCUGAGGCAGUGCCGCGAUGGCGUCUGUUUGCGUUUAUAUAUUAA